UCCGCUUCCGCCCUCGCCUGGCGGGUGAUUUGAACGUUUGCAGGCACGAACUUCCCGCUUGGCGCGCGCUGAACUUGACGACCGCGGCGGAGACUGAGCCGGACCACAGACAUGUCGGAGCGGCGAACGCGGUCCGGAGGGGCCGCCCAGCGGUCUGGGUCCAGGACUCCACUUACUAAGUCUUCGAAGAGGUCCCAGCGGAAAUCUGGCUCAGAUCUCCCGAACAUCUUUCCUGAAAGUUGGCCGAAGACACCUCAUGCGGCUCCAGCCAGAAAGGCCAUCGUCUUGAAGAAAAUCGUGGCUCAUACCGUAAAGGCCCCAGCUGUCCACACACUUCGAAGGAGCCCUAGGGUCUCACUGUGUAACCUGUUGAGAGCCUUGGAUAUGUCCCAGAAAGUCAGGCGAUCAUACAGUCGUCUGGAGAGCCUCAGUUCUGCCUCAACCUCCACCCCUGGCCGCCGAUCCUUCUUUGGCUUUGAGGGACCUGAAGACUUGCCUGGAGUCUCACCUGUAGUGUGUUCAAAGUUAACUGAGAUCCCAAAAGUACCUGCAAAGCCCUGGGUUCCAGACACGACGCUUCCUGGAAUCUCCCCUCCAGUUGUGAAAGAGAAACGAAAGAAGAAGGUGCCAGAGAUCCUGUCUCCCACAGGCAAACUGGGUGCCCACUCCAUGCAGACCUUGACAAGAGCAAUGAAGCCUGCUGAGCCACGGCUAGAAGAACCAGGGAACUCCAGGGAGCACAGCGUGGAGCCAUCUUCAGAGCCAAAGUCGGACCAGCAGUCAGAACCCACUGUCGCAUUCCUGUUCACACUCCUGAACACCCCUGAGCCCAAAGAUGCUGAAUCGGACACGGAGGCACUGGAGAGACAGUUCCUGGGUCGGGAUGACUGGGGCCCUAAGCGGACUUCAAAGGAGAUGCAGAGUUUGCAGAGGGACUGCAAGAGGCUUCAGGAGGCCCUGGACUGUAACCACAGGGACAACCUGGCCCUUGAAGAGAAGCUAGAAAACCUGGCUACCUCAUUGUACGAGAACCUGGAGGAAGGUCUGGUCACUUCAAAGGACCCUCGAGUCACCCAGGAGAUAGCUAAUGUCUCCCAAGGGGAAGCAGAGGGCACCCAGGAGAAAUCAGAAGACACCGAGGAGGAAGCCUUUGCUCUUAGGUAUCUGAAGAGGUCUUCUGCCCAGCGCUACUCCCUUGAGCGUCCCAUACCACAGUCAUCAGCCAUGGCCAGGCGUGAGACCAAAGAAUGGGUACCUCCUCGGGAGGCCGCUCCAUCAGUCAACCCCUCUUUAAGCCCCAGCAAUAAAGAUCCCCACUGAGUUGCAGAACCAA